AUGUCUGAGCUACUGAAAAGCGUGGAAAAGUUGCCCCUGGAGCCGACCCUGCCGAAACUGUCGCUGAAUAAUUUUCGCGGCGGCAAUCAGCUGCCAAUCUGGGACAUACCCGAAGUGGAGUUUCGCCUGGGGAAGAAGUACCCGCUGCUUCCGAUGGUGCUGAAGAACUGGGAACUGAACGAUCCCAACGAUCUGGUGCUGAGGCUCGGCACCAGGCAGAUCAGUAUGAAUCGGCUGCGCUUCAUGUGCUACUCGAAGCUCGCCAUGCGAAGUGUGAAGGGGGGGCAGCGCGAAUUGGUGCUGCCCGAGGAUCGGGUGCCGGAGGAGGGCCUGGUGCGCACUUGUCACUGGAUGAUCCAGCCAGUUGCGAAGCUGGAGCGCGGCUCCAUUAUGGAGGUGCUGGCGACAGCUUUGUACUUGGAGGUGGACUCGCUGAUCAAGCAGGUGUGGUUCAGUCUAAACCUGGUCGACGAGUUUAGCGAGGAUCAGGCCUUUGCAGUGUCCUACGAGUCGCUGCGGCUGUGCCAUUUGCUGCCCAUAACGGGCCUUGAUAUCUCCAUGCUGCAUCGUAUCCAACGCUUUUUCCUCACGCUGGUCGCCAGCGUGGAGUUUCUUGAGCUGCCCUUCGAGCAUAUUCACUACCUGAUCAGCUCCGAGAAUGUGGCCGUUAAUAGCGAGAAGGAGAUGUUCUAUGCGGCCGUGCGCUGGCUCAUGCACGACUGGGAGGCACGGGCAGAGUAUGCCAUCGCCCUCAUGCAGGUGGUGCACCUGAUGUUGCUGCCUUUCGAGUAUAUCAUGCAACUGCAGACGGGCGGAGCUGAGGGGCCUGUCGAGUACAUCAUCCAGCUGCAAGAUUUCCCUGAUCUUAUGUAUAAGGCCUUGUCGGCCCGCCUCACGAUGUUUGCCGACGAUGGCUCCAAGGAACGCCUUUGCGAAAUAUUUAAGAUCGAGCUGCCCGUGCUCCGGCCUUUCAUCUCUGAUAAUCUGUGCAGCUAUCACAGGGCUAAUCCCGAUGAUCCUGUGAAGGACUUCAGCUACGAUGAUUUCUUGGAUUAUUUGCGUGUGAUCCAAGAAAAUGGCAUAUACAGCUGGAAGGCACUGAGCGUUCAGCACGGUUCUAGCAGCUUCAAAAUGGUCUAA